AUGCAGAAGCAACAGACAAUCUAUCUCACUGCUUAUUUCUGUCCAUUAUCUAUCUAUCUAUCUAUCUAUCUAUCUAUCUAUCUAUCUAUCUAUCUAUCUAUCUAUCUCUCUUUCUUUCUUUCUUUCUUUCUAUGUCAGUUUGUUUUUUCUAUUUCAAUCUAUUUCUAUUUUUUCUUUCUUUCGUUUUUCUUUCUUUUUCAAUCUUUUUUUCUUCCUUUCUAUUUCAACCUGUUUCUAUCUAUCUAUCUAUCUAUCUAUCUAUCUAUCUAUCUAUCUAUUUCAGUCUUUCUUUCUUUCUUUCUUUCUUUCUUUCUUUAUAUAUCAGUUUGUUUUUUCGAUUUCAAUCUGUUUCUCUUUUUCUUUUUUCUUUCUUUUGUUCUUUCUUUCUUUUUCAGUCUGUUUCUUUUUCUUUCUUUCUAUUUCAAUCUGUUUCUAUCUAUCUAUCUAUCUAUCUAUCUCGUAGACUCAUCCUUGUUUGCUGUUUUGAUCAAUCACAAUAUCUAUCUAUCUAUCUAUCUAUCUAUCUAUCUAUCUAUCUAUCUAUCUAUCUAUGAAAGAGCGAUAGAGAGAUCAUUCUUUCUUUCUUUCUUUUUCUUUCUUUCUUUCUUUCUUUCUUUCUUUUUCUUUCUUUCUUUCUUUCAGUUUCACUGA